AUGGAUAUAUUCAAUCGUCCACCGUCGAUCGCAGAGGAUACUCUACAAUACACUAUAUAUCCAGCACAAGAUGCAAGAGACAGCAACUCUGUGGCAGCGCUUGCGACAAUUCUCCAAGAAUAUGUCGACUCCCUGAUCCCGGGGCAUAUAUGGCAUAGGGAUACAUUCGAGUUGAAAAUUGUGAGGGACACCGAGGUGAAUCAAGGGGUGGGAUUCUCCGGAACUGGAUACCUUUGGCUUUUGGAGGGAUGUAUGCGAGUUGGGGACUGCGUCGACGACGAAUGGUGUGUCGUAUGGCUGCUGAGGGAGAUCAGCAAACGAUGGGAUGUUGUCAUCAGUGUAUGGGACACUGAUGGUGAAUUCCUGCUAAUCGAGGCAGCGGAGGCUCUUCCUGCAUGGGUGACACCAACGAAUGCAGAGAACAGGGUCUGGAUCUACGCCUCCAAGUUGCACUUGAUACCGCUCUCACAUGUCUCCGCACCUUCUAGCAAGCGGCGCCGUUUACAAUCGAAAUAUGCACGAAACCGUGACGACGAGGGCACGGACGAUCUCCUGAAUGCAUCGCAUGACCGGAACGAGAAUGAGUACCUAUCUGUGCACGACGCGCUACUUCUGGUCAGGGACAAGAACGUUGAUACCGAGGCACCGGUCGCUGUUACUGAUGCUGUCUGGCGGAGAAUUGAAGGGUAUCCUGCUGCACUGGCGCAACACAUACACAAAACCAAAGCACACCUGCCGGUUGAUGUGGCACGGGCGUUAUCUACCAACCCGUCCCUGGUGCAGAAAGCCGUGGAGACUUUCUAUACCCGUGAUGCUAUCCAGCUGCGCGCUGCUCACAAGAUGUCGCGGUUCCCCCCACAACCCUCUGCCCUCCGUACAGUCAGGAUGACUCGUACAGCGUACGCCCAGUUGUUGGGCCAGAAGUUCCAUCCGCCUAAGGUAUUUGGCCGAUGGCCGGAGAAAGAAGGUACCAAGGAGUGGAAGUGGAGGGACGUCGGAAUGAAGAUUGCGUGUGGAUUUGAGAUGUUAUAUCAAGAGGGAAAGAGACGAAACGAGGCCAUCACAAUCAACCUAUCCGAUGAGGCAUCAGCAACGCGAGCGCGUCACGAUGCCCUGCGCCGAAGCAUCGAUUACCAAGCCUACAUCAAAUCACUAAUGAAAGCAGGUUAUUUCGAGGGCGAACUCGAAGGUUCACAGCGUUGGAACGAGCUGGAGUCGAGGGCGAUCGAUACGUACUUGAAUGUCCGGAAAGACGAUGAUGCAACUCGGCCGUCGUUUGCAACGCAAGUAGAGGGAGCUGUAUCCCGUGCUCCGACCUUGGAAGAAGCUUUGAAGGACAGUCAAUCAGACGAAGACAGUGACGAUUGGCUGAACAUCGAUGCUGAGGACUUCGAUGAGGUGCUGGAGCGAACGAUGGGCAGGGGAAGCUCCUCUGGUGUGACAAAUAAGGAUCCUGCUCAUUCUGAAAGCGCGAUGGCGGCUGACGAGGAGCGUGACCAAAAGAAAAGGGAGGAGCGAGAAGAAAGGGUCGCUAAACAGCAAGCCUCGCGGCUUCAGGACCUGGCGAAGAAGGUCGAAGACUUCGUCGAGGGUAAGGGCGACCUGGACGGGGCUCGUUUUGCCGAUGAUCCAGACUCGGAGUCCGAUAAAGAAGAUGACGCCAUGAGCGACUUCAGUGAUGAGCAAUUCUCCGAUUCUGAUGAUGAGGACACGGAGGACGAAGCUGCCUACGCUCGUCAACGGCGAGAGGACAUGGAUAAACUCGUCGCGCCUCUUGGUCCCGGAGAGUAUGGCAGGAUGCCCCCAUCUUUCCAUGAGAACUCGCAGCAAUUCAAGGAGGAGGAAUCGCAGGAACAGGAUGGUGACGAUAGUAGGGACAUUGCUCAACCGCGUCAGCACGCGGAUGCAGCGUCGAAGAAGCAGCCCACAGAAGAACCCGUACGCUCUCGCCCGCCGCUUUUGCCCCGCGACAAGUAUGAAGGUGUCGACUCUGAUGACGAGUCGGACGACGAAGCCUAUGAGAAUCCGUUCCAAUUGGAAGAGGAUGGCGAGGACGAAGAAGACCGCCCGCAAAUCGUGGGCGAGAUGGAGAUUGACAUGAAGGAGGAGGAGGAGGAGUUCUUAGAGUUUUCUAGGAAGGCUCUAGGUAUCUCCGACGAGCAAUGGGGAGACAUCAUUCGGGAGAGGAGGGGGCGAGGAGCCUAUGUUCCUGCCGGCGUUCUCGUCCCGGAUAAAGCACCAACGAGAGCCCCACAAGGACCACGAGCAGCCGAACAUCAGGGUAGCGCAACAGAAUCUCGGCUACGUAAUCCCCAGCCAGGACCGAGGCCGGAUGUCAAUCCUGAUCUAGAUUCCUUUGAAUCUGUGAUGCGUGCCAUGGACGCCGAACUCAGCCGUAUAAAAGGAGCCGAAAUUUCACAAAAGAAAGCAGCGACUACGGUCACGCCCGGUAAAUCCGUCAAUUCAUCGACAGCGAAGGGGAAAGGCAAGGCGAAAUCAGGUCCGUCGGAGGAAGAGAACGACGAGGGCACGGGUAUGGACAUUGAGGAAGCGAUGGAUGCAGAGCUCCGUAACGCCCUACAACACGGACCUGUUGAAGACGACGACAAUUCGGACUUUGAGUUCGAAGAGGGUGAAGGCAUGGAUUAUGCAAUGAUCAAGAACUUCCUGGAGAGUUUCAAGAGUCAGGCCGGCUUGCCUGGACCGGUGGGCAAUCUCGCCGGGAGGUUGCAGCCUGGUUGGACACUGCCUCGGGAUAACUCGUGA